AUGGCGACACACGACGGGCAGCAGGACAACGGCCUUUAUUCUCGUGAAACCUCUGCGCGCAGGUCGCCGUCCCCUACAGGUCCCCAGCACCGUCGCGGCUAUCAGGCCUGCGACCCGUGUCGCAAACGCAAAGUCAAGUGUGACCUUGGGAGUGUCGAUAAUCCUCGUCCGCCGCCAUGUGUACGAUGUCGACGUGAGAGUAAGCGCUGCGAGUUCUCCGCCACGCGGCGCAAACGCAAGACUUCCGAUGUUGAAGGCAGUGCCGUUGACGAUGUUCUUCGUCGCGAUAAGCGUAUGAUGGUCGGAGAUGCCGCAGCGAAAAUUGAGGCUUCCCCAAGCGAAAGAUCAGCCUCUUAUCCCCAGGUUGAACCGUCCUUCGAUACGCCCAAUCUAUCGCAGCAAAAGUGGCUUAAUAAAUCCCCUUCCAACGGCCAUCUACCGGCACCGAGCAAUGGUAGCCAACAUUACACGGCAAAUCCGUCUACAUCUACAGCCCAGUUCUCCGAUGUCAGGAAUACAAGGCACCCGGCGUACUCUGCUGGGGACAGGACUUCCGUCUCGAGGUUUAGCCUUGAGGGCAACCAGCCCAUGAUGAACCGCACCGCCGUCGAGCUACUGUCGCCCGCGAUCAGCAACAGCCAUGACGCUUUACAUCUUCUGUCAGAAGCAGCAGGAAGGACAGAGGACCUCCGCUACGCUGCGACGCGCCAGUCGGCCUCCUCGUUCGCGUCACCCAUAUCGUCCAUGACGCAAGCGGGAACUCCAAGAAGCACGGGCGGAUCAUUUUCACGGCAACAUAGAUCGGGAACUGCGCAAACUGGAAACUAUUACCAGAGCAAUGCGCUCCUUUCUGGAGAGUCUCUCGCCGACAACCGAACGAGUUCUACCGGCCGUCCCUCAGACUCGGGCUAUCUAGAUGCUGUCAAGGCAUGGUCACGACUACGUUUCGUCCGUGCGGGUUGGCUCUCUGUUGAAGAGUCAAUGGCCUACGUUGCCUACUACUACGAGCAUCUCGCACCUCUAAGUCCAAUCGUUAUUCCUGAUUUCUCACACCCGUCGACACAUCGUACCCUACUUACUGACGAGCCGGUUCUGGCGGUGACUAUAUUGACCACUGCUUCAAGACAUAUGAAACCAAGCGGAGAUGGUGCGAACUCCCGUGCCUUCUACAUUCAUGAUCGCCUCUGGUCAUAUUUGCGCGGGAUGAUUGAGCGUCUGUUUUGGGGCCAGGAAAAGUUUGGCGGCAACGGCAUUGGGAUCAACAAACCUCGUUCCUUUGAUUUAGCUCCCUCCUCAGCGAAGGUUAAUCAUAAGGGUAAUCUGAGAUCUUUGGGCACGAUUGAAGCGUUAUUGAUACUUACGGACUGGCACCCGCGGAAUCUACAUUUUCCUCCUGGAGACGAUGAGAACGCAUUACUUGAUCUGGAUGCCCAGGCUGGCCGGUACGACAAAGAAUUAGAUAAUGACGGUGAGACCACAGCGCAGCGAAGCUCUAGUGGUGCGCCUGAGGGCAGACUGGCCUUCCAGACGUGGCUAGAGCCAGCCUGGCGGUCGGACCGGAUGUCAUGGAUGUUACUCAGUACUGCUCAAGCAUUAGCAUUCGAGCUCGGUGUGUUUGACCAAAAGAACGAUACCAAAUUAUCAGCAGAACCGCCAGCUGAGCAAACGCGAAAGCGUCGUCUCCGUCGACUUAUCCUUGUGUAUAUUACGCAGAGCAGUGGCCGUUUGGGCAUACCUUCUAUGCUCCCACUACCACAGUGGACCGAUGAUAUCCAGCCGACGCCACUAACCGGCGUGAAAGGCAAUGAGGUUGACAAAAUGCAUGAUUGUUGGCUUGGAAUAUCCAAGAUCAUGUAUCAAAGCAACCAGCUCCUGUUCGCAUCUAACGAACAGACUUCUGAUUUGAUAAGAAGCGGCCGUUACCGCGACCAGAUUGAUCGAUUCCAGCCUUUCCUCCGAGAAUGGCGACAGAACAUUGAUUCGACUGAGUUGCACCCUGCAAUGAGACAUAUAUUGAUGAUUGAAUAUGAAUACACACGUUUAUACGUCAACUCUUUAGCAUUGCAGGCUGUGGUCGAUCGGUGGACGACAAUGUCCAACGAGGCCGCUCAGGCUCAGAAUAAGCCGUCAGCAUCAAAUAACGCGUCGUUCCAUGUGCUAAUGGAAUUGUACCGCGUCAAUGAGCCUUUUAUUCAAGAAGUCGUUGAUGCGUCGCGAAGGAUUCUGACCACAGUGCUCGAGGGCUUGGUCCCAGGGGACCAUUUGAAACAUGCUCCUGUCCGGACGUGCUUUCGGAUUCUGUCUGGCAUGAUCUUCAUUCUUAAGACGUUCACCCUCGGUGCGAAAGAAGAUGACGUGCGUGUCUCCCUCGACCUUCAGGACCGCACCGUUGAAGCACUCCGAACAUGUGUUGUCGACGACAUCCACCUCAGCCACGCCAUCGCCCGCCUGCUGGAGCUCCUCACGACUAAUAUCCGCACACGCUUCCUCCGUUUCGCCCCCCUGGACCGCAGUGGUGACAACGACAGCACCAGCGCCGGCCAGGAUCGCGCCUCCGCCCCAACGUCUCGAGCCCACUCGCCUCGUUCACGAGAAGGCCCGCUUGGCCGUCGAGAUGGCCUGAACAACAGCCACACCUGGCCGUCUGCGCAAUCAACACAUAACAAUCAAAUAGGCGGCUAUGCAGACGCCCAUCCUCCAUCGUCGACACCCCUAACCUCGGUCCACGACCCUCUAGCUGGAAUUCCCGCCCAACCCAUCAACUCCUCCAACAUCAACGUCAAUUUUAUGCCACCCCCGCCAUCUGUCUAUUACAACUUCUACCAACCCCGCUCCCCGCCGCCCUCAGGCGAGAUGAACCCUUCCAAUCCAAAUUCUGGUUCAGCGUCUUCCAAUCUCCCCUCGCACUCGAUGAAUGAGCAGCCAGGUGUCUCGGAUUGGUUCGCCCUUCCGCUAGACCAGUUCUUCAACUCCUCGACUGCGGUCGUGGAUCAAGGGCUUGGUGGGACAGGCCCGAUGGUGGGUGAGUUCGAUAUGCUGGAGGUUUUGCUCAAUGAGCAAUAUGAUGGCGGCACUAGUGGGGAUGGUACUGGGUUGGAUUCGGCGGGCGGUGGCCUGCCAUCGCAGUUUAUACAGCCUUAG